AACAAUGCACGGCACUGUAGUUACAAUCCUCCGACGAGAAGACAAUCCGACAAUAUAUAAGAUCAAUUGAAUAGCUCUUUACUUCAUUUAUUUUAGCUGGCAAUCCAUACAAUUAGAACCUGAUAUUAUUCAUCAUUUGUGUGGGAUUCGUAUCAAAUUAGAUGGUAUUCUGUUGUCGGAAUUUGACGGAUUUACGUGGAGCCAAAACUAAACUCCAGCUCCGCCGCCCACCAUCGGAUUGCUGAGCCUAUCGCCAGCCAGGUUCACUGGCGUGGAUAUACCGCAGUAGGCCCUCUAGCUAGGUAAAACUUGUUCACCCACAAGCUAGCAGUGACAACGUCAUCAAUAGAAAGGAUAAUCUUAGCUCAGGAAAGAUGCCGUAUCAAAAAGUUCCAAGGAAGACACAACCUCUGUGGCAUGACUCGGAUUACAAGGCACAGAAAAAGGGUGUCAGGAGUACGGUUUAUUCUGUUAAUGGUGACGAGUACACUGGAGAAUGGCUGGACAACAAAAAACAUGGCAAAGGAACUUACAAGUGGAAGAAGUUAGGUAAUCUGUACGAUGGGGAUUGGAAGGUUGGAAAGAGGAACGGGUUUGGAACAUUAAGCACCCCUGUGGAGGGAGGAGGAUACAAAAGGAUCUACUCUGGUGGCUGGAAAAAUGACAAGAGACAUGGUUAUGGAACACAUUUCUACACAGCAGAAGAAUACUAUGAAGGAGAAUGGUAUGCAGAUAAGCGCAGUGGAUGGGGUAGGAUGUACUUUGCAGACGGAAGCACGUAUGAGGGAGAGUGGUACAAUGAUGAGAGGAAUGGACAGGGCAUGCUCAGAUUAGCAUCAGAGAAUCGUUACGAGGGCAUGUGGAAGGAUCAUAAGAAGAAUGGUCCAGGGAAGUUCUUUUACUUGGACAAGGGUCAAGUCUACGAGGGCGUCUGGGUCAAUGACAUCGCCAAGUGCGGUACCAUGGUAGACUUCGGCAGAGAGGGCGCCCCAGACCCAACUCAAUAUCCGAUCGCUGAGAUCAAACUUGCAGAUCCUAUUGGUGUCCUCCAAGAAGCAGAAGAUAUGUUUCUACCAGACAGCGAUUGAGGUUAUACAUACAAUAUUGAUACAAACUUCGCCAUGGAUAUAUAUAGGCAACAUUUGAACUGAAUUAAUACUGUGAAAGGAAUGUGAAAUUCACCAUUUUUAUACAGUAGUCUAGCAUUGGAACUUAUUUCAGUGCAGUGUUCAUCAUAUCAAUUUUAAUUAUUACCACCGAGAGCAGAACGCUUUAUGAUGUCAAUUAAUCUCAUAUUUAAGCAUUAUAAAAAAGAUAAUAUUGUGAAGCAAAUAAAACUAUCAAAUUAACUUGGCACAAUUUUCCAGAUAUUUGUGAUUGUU